AUAGAUAUUUGAAUAUGAAUGAAGGAAUUAUGGGAAAGUGUGUUUGCAGUUUGGUGCUUAUGGCCUUCUGUAUGAUGCCUGAGCUAGCAUCUGUGUUUGGUGCCACCAUCCCUUCUUCUUCCAUCAAUCAGGAACGAGAGGCUUUGCUCAACAGCGGUUUGUGGAAUGAUUACCGUAAUAUCUCUGACCAUUGUGAUUGGAAGGGUAUCUCUUGCAAUGAAGCUGGAAGUGUUACUGCUAUUGACAGUUGGUACAUGAAGACUCCUUCAUCACAAGAAUUGCUUUGGAUAGAUAAGUUGAACUUCACUGCCUUCCCCAAUUUAGAGCAUCUGCGUCUAACUGGAAUGGGUCUGAAAGGAAGCAUCCCCACACAAAUAACCACACUUACUAACCUUAGCUAUCUCGUCUUGUCUAACAAUCAUCUCCAUGGUUCAAUACCACCGCAACUUGGCAACUUGACACAAUUGCAAGUUUUAUCUCUCUCUAGGAAUUCUCUAGCAGGUUUUAUCCCAUCUACAUUGGGUCAAUUGAUCAAUUUGCAAUAUCUUUCUCUUGAAUCAAACAAACUUCAAGGUUCAAUACCACCGCAACUUGGUAACUUGACACAAUUAAAUCUCUUAUCUCUCUCUGGGAAUUCUCUAGCAGGUUUAAUCUCAUCUACAUUGGGUCAAUUGAUCAAUUUGCGAACUCUCUACCUUGAUUCAAACAAACUUCAAGGUUCAAUACCACUACAACUUGCUAAUUCCACACAUUUGCUGGAAUUAAUUCUCUCUAAUAAUUCGCUAACGGGUUCAGUCCCGUCUACUUUUGGUCAACUCAAGAACUUGGAAGCUCUUUAUCUGGAUUCAAACAAACUUGAAGGUUCAAUUCCAUAUACUUUGGGUCAAUUAGAGAACUUGAAGCUUUUCUUCCUUCAAUAUAACCAAAUUACUGGUCCUAUACCACAAGAAUUUGGAAAUUUAAAAGUUUUACAAAGUUUACAUCUCUCAAAUAAUUCCCUCAACGGUUCAAUUCCUUCUACUUUAGGUGGGUUGGUGAGUUUGGUAUACCUCUACCUUGAUUCUAAUCAAAUACAAGGCCACAUACCCGAAGAAUUAGGAUAUCUAACCAAAUUACAAGUUUUGCAACUUUCUCAUAAUAAGAUUUCAGGCUUAUUACCUCCAAGACUUUUGCAAAUGGAAAAAAUGUCCUCUUUAUAUCUCUCGUCAAAUCAGUUAUGUGGUUCAAUCUCAUUAAAAACCAUGAAAUGUCCGUAUGAUACAAUUGAUUUGAGCCAUAACUUAUUUAAUGGAAGCAUAACCUCUCAAAUUGGUUGCAUAACUGACCUUAGUCUGAGUCAUAAUUUUCUUGUUGGGGAGAUUCCAUUUCUUUUUAGAAGAAGCUUCAUACUUAGUCGAUUGGAUCUUAGUUAUAAUAAUUUUUCAGGCAAAGUACACAAGGAACUUGCUAGUCUAUCAUACAUAAAUCUUGCAUACAAUUCCUUUGACUUCUCACAAGACCUUGACUCAAAAUCAAAGGUACCAGACUACUGUUAUUUUCAGGAAGACUCAUUAAUCAAUGAUCAUCACAUGCCGAAUUUUUCAUACUGCCACUUGGUUUACAAAACUGAUCUUCAAACCAGAAAAAGUAAGCUAAGUAUUAUGUUGGUUGUUAUUCCCAUCAUUUUCUUCAGCCUUUUAGUACUACUUUUAAUAUUAUAUUUCCUAAGAUCUAUUCCUAAGAAAAAAUGUGAAGAAAUAUCAACAAAGAAUGGAAACUUUUUUUCUGUAUGGAACUAUGAUGGAAAAAUUGCAUUUAAAGAUAUCAUUGAAGCAACUGAAGACUUUGACCUCAAGUAUUGUAUUGGGACAGGCGGAUAUGGCAGUGUCUAUAGAGCACAAUUGCCUAGUGGAAACGUUGUAGCAUUAAAAAAACUCCAUCGAAUCGAAUCUCAAAAUCCAUCUUUCGACAGAAGUUUUCGCAAUGAGGUGAAGAUGUUAACAGAAAUUCGUCAUAGAAACAUUGUAAAGCUUCAUGGAUUUUGCCUCCACAAUCAAUGCAUGUUUCUUAUCUAUCAGUACAUGGAAAGAGGUAGUUUAUUUUAUAUUUUGAACAAUGAUGUGGAAGCUAAGGAGUUGAAUUGGAGUAAGAGGGUAAAUGUGAUUAAAGGGAUGGCACAAGCUUUAUCCUACAUGCAUCAUGAUUGUACCACACCAAUUGUUCAUCGAGACGUAACAAGUAGUAAUGUUCUAUUAAACUCACAAUUAGAGGCUUGUGUCUCAGACUUUGGCACAGCUAGACUCCUUGAUCCUGAUUCUUCAAAUCAAACCUUGGUAGUCGGGACUUAUGGCUACAUUGCCCCAGAGCUUGCUUAUACAUUAAGAGUGACAGAAAAAUGUGAUGUUUAUAGUUUUGGGGUGGUGACUUUGGAAACAUUAAUGGGAAAACAUCCUAGAGAGAUAAUAUCAACUUCAUCAAAUCCAACUACUCAAAAUAUGUUGGUGAAAGAUCUCUUGGAUUCACGUCUUCCUCUUCCUAUUCAGAAAGAUGCUGAAGAUAUAAGUCUUGUGAUAAAUGUAGCAUUAUCAUGUUUGUGCUCUAAAUCAAACUUGAGGCCAUCAAUGCAACAAGUGACUGAGAAACUCUCUGGUUUCAAAUUCCUAUUAGAUUUGCCUUUCCAGGAAGUUUUUAUCCAUCAAGUGAUGAGCCAAGAUAUAUUUCAUCUUUCAUCCAAUUUUCAAGAAUGAAGUCUAGUGAGCCAAAGUCAAGGAAGUAACAAUCUUUUGCAUAUUUAGACAAGUAAGAAUUUAUCCUUCAUUGAAUGCAAAAAAUUUAGGUCAUUUUGCUUUUCUAGUUUACAUUAACAAAUUCAUUGUCAAUUUGACUUACCUUUAUUUGUUUA